GAGCCACAACUCCAAACGCACGCCGACCACAUAAGCUCAGAAAUCCUUCAAGUUUUAUACAAAAAGCAGGAAUCCUCUUUGCUUUUGCUGCAAUUCAUAUUUCUCGUCUACAGUCUUUGGCUUCAAGGGUUAGUUUAGGUUUUUAGGUGGAUUCAAUGUCUCCUUAUUGUGCAUUGUCGCCUUCGCCUAAGUCGCAUCCCUUCAGUUCAACCGAUACCAGGUUUAUUGCUCCUACCAGACUAGCUCAGUACAGAAGCAAAUGCUUAAUGAACAGGAGAGGUUUUGCUUUCAAAGGAAUUGUGGCGUCUGGGGUUUCGGUCAUGGGUUCUUCUGUGAUCACUGAACCUGUUGAAGGGCUUGAGAGGUUGCCUUACAAGCCAGAAGGCUACAAUUAUUGGACAUGGCGGGGUCACAAAAUACAUUAUGUAGUGCAAGGAGAAGGUCUUCCUAUUGUUCUCAUUCAUGGUUUUGGUGCUUCUGCAUUUCAUUGGAGAUACAACAUACCUGAGUUGGCCAAAAGAUACAAGGUUUAUGCCUUGGACUUGCUAGGUUUUGGAUGGAGUGAGAAAGCAAUUAUUGAGUAUGAUGCCAUGGUAUGGAGGGAUCAAGUGGUGGAUUUCUUGAAGGAAAUUGUGAAAGAGCCAGCAGUUAUAGUGGGAAACAGCCUUGGAGGCUUUACGGCUUUGGUUGCUGCGGUGGGGUUGCGUGAACAAGUUGUUGGAGUUGCAUUGCUAAAUUCUGCUGGACAGUUUGGAAAUCCAAAUGCAGAAACCAACAAGUCUGAAGAAUCAAUCUUACAGAAAUUAGUCCUGAAGCCGCUGAAGGAAAUUUUCCAGAGAGUAGUUCUUGGAUUUUUGUUUUGGCAAGCAAAGCAACCAGCUCGCAUUGAAUCUGUAUUAAAGAGUGUGUAUAUAAAUACUUCCAAUGUGGAUGACUAUCUUGUAGAAUCAAUUACAAGGCCAGCAGCUGACCCCAAUGCUGGAGAAGUUUAUUACAGAUUAAUGACUCGGUUUAUGUUGAAUCAGAGCAAAUACACUUUAGACAGUGCCUUAAGCCAACUGACAUGCCCAUUGUUAUUGCUGUGGGGCGACUUAGAUCCAUGGGUUGGUCCAGCCAAGGCUAAUAGAAUCAAGGAGUUUUAUCCAAGGACAACUCUUGUGAACUUACAGGCUGGUCACUGCCCACAUGAUGAAGUUCCAGACCUUGUUAAUAAAGCGUUAAUGGAUUGGUUGUCGUCUCUAACACCAGAAUCCUCUAGCCAGACACUGUAGAAAUACUCAAAUUUUACAGCAUUACUGCCAACAAACCUCUGCUUUGAGGUAUUGCUUGCAAAUUAAUUCUAUGUUUAUUGAUAAAAUAUGAAGCUUUUUGCAAGUAUAGCUGUAAGAUGUGGUCGUCAUGGAUCUCUUGAGGCAGAAGAUAAAGUUUAAGAGAGUCGGGCAUUGUUUCACGGCGAUUGCAGCUACGCCUUGUCAAUAUGAUAUAUCGCUUGAAUGAGCAACUAAUUUAAAGUUGCUUUGUGUAUUCUUUUGUAUUACAUUAGAAAUAUAUGCUUCUAGCAAAAUUUGAUAUUUCAAAUUAUGCUCAAGUGCUGUAGCCUGCAGGAACAUUUUACAAAGGGGACUACAAAAUCUAGGAACAUUAGACUUUUGGCUAA